CUUUGCAGCCUUGUCCAAGCAUACAAAAGUUACCCGUCUCUCUCUCUCUCUCUCUCUCUCUCUGUUCUUCUGUCUUCUCCACCUUUUUCAACCUCUCGCAAGUGAUCACAUCAAAACUAACCCAAGCAAGCCGCGGCAGAAUGGGCUCCACCGGAGAAACCCAGAUGACUCCGACCCAAGUCUCUGACGAAGAAGCCAACCUCUUCGCCAUGCAACUAGCCAGCGCUUCAGUCCUUCCCAUGGUACUCAAAUCUGCCAUAGAGCUCGAUCUCUUGGACAUCAUCGCUAAGGCUGGCCCUGGUGCGUAUCUUUCGCCUUCAGAGGUCGCUUCCCAGCUCCCGACUACGAACCCAGAUGCGCCGGUUAUGCUGGACCGCAUCCUGCGUCUCCUCGCCAGCUACUCUGUUCUCACUUACUCUCUUCGCACACUCCCCGACGGCAGGGUUGAGAGGCUGUACGGUGUCGGUCCCGUUUGCAAAUUCUUGACCAAGAAUGAGGAUGGUGUUUCUAUUGCUGCUCUCUGUCUCAUGAAUCAGGAUAAGGUCCUCAUGGAGAGCUGGUACCACUUGAAAGAUGCUGUUCUUGGAGGUGGCAUUCCAUUUAACAAGGCGCAUGGAAUGACCUCAUUCGAAUAUCAUGGGAAAGAUCUUAGAUUCAACAAGGUCUUCAACAAGGGAAUGUCUGAUCACUCUACCAUUACCAUGAAGAAAAUCCUUGAGACCUACAAAGGUUUCGAGGGCCUCACAUCAUUGGUCGAUGUUGGUGGUGGCACAGGAGCUGUCCUUAGUACGAUCGUCUCUAAAUACCCCUCUAUAAGGGGCAUCAAUUUUGAUUUGCCGCAUGUCAUCCAGGAUGCACCAUCUUAUCCCGGUGUAGACCAUGUUGGAGGUGACAUGUUUGUCAGUGUUCCAAAAGGAGACGCCAUUUUCAUGAAGUGGAUAUGUCACGAUUGGAGUGAUGAGCACUGCUUAAAAUUUUUGAAGAACUGCUAUGAAGCUCUUCCAGACAACGGGAAGGUGAUUGUUGCUGAAUGCAUUCUUCCGGUAGCCCCAGACACGAGCCUUGCUGCUAAGGGAGUCAUCCAUAUCGAUGUUAUCAUGUUGGCUCAUAAUCCUGGUGGGAAGGAGAGGACCGAGAGCGAGUUUGAGGCCUUGGCAAAAGGGGCUGGAUUUCAAGGAUUCCGAGUAAUGGGUUGUGCUUUCAAUACCUAUAUCAUGGAAUUCAUUAAAAAGCUUUGAGAACUCGGCUAAACAGGCAGGAUUUCAAGGGUUCCAAGUAAUGGGCUGUGCUUUCAAUAACCAUAGAAUAGAAUUCAUUACAUACCUAUUGUAUUUGGGUUUUGAGGUUCUGACCGUCGUUUUCACUGGUGGCUUUCGGGUGUAUGUUGUUUCUAUUUGGAGACAGAAAGAGAGGUGAAAAAAGAAGGCAGAAUAUUGUGAAAAUUAUAUGUUUCUUGAAUGAAAUAAAAUUGUUUUCAAUUCGGAUUUCUGUAAA